AUGCUCACUCGUCCGUGGCUGUCGGUCAUUCCCCGCUACAGUCUGUAUGUGAGCGCCGCUGCAGCACCUGGGACAUGGCUUGCUCCCCUCAAAAAGUCUUGUCAACCCUCCCGUCCUGGGAAGCUUGUUUCGAUGGUGAUCAUUCAUGCGGACGGUGCAGCAAGGACAAACGAGGCGCUUGUAUCUCUCGUGUUCCUAAUCCCAUUUUCUCCUGGUCUUCUGUUCACAAUAACCUUCUCUCGCUCUGUCUCAGAUCGUGUUCGACACAUCCUUCUGGCCAAUAUGAGAUCCUUCCACGAGUCGUUAUCGAAAUGGACGGCCCUUGUCGCACUUCUGUGCGUGGGCUUAUCGCAUGCCCAUACGGUCAUCACCUAUCCUGGAUACCGAGGGAAUAAUCUGCAUACCAACGGCACUGUCGAGUCCACCGACGGUCUCGGAGCGGCAUUUAGCAAUGGGUCCUACUCUUACCCAUAUGGAAUGCAAUGGAUCUAUCCUUGCGGUGGAAUGUCUACGUCUACAAACCGAACCAAAUGGCCUGUCGGUGGUGGCGCCGUUGCUCUCCAACCUGGCUGGUUCCAGGGUCACGCCACGGCGUUCAUCUAUAUGAAUCUGGGUCUCGGAGAGACGCCCCCCAACAUGAGCCACCCGAUGAUCUCGCCAUUCCAGAUCUCAGGGCCGACCAACGAUCCCUACCCGGGCACGAUCUGUCUCCCCCAGGUUCCAUUGCCGGCCAACAUCAGCGUGAGUCCUGGUGACAAAGCGACGAUUCAGGUUAUCGAACUGGCCAAGCACGGCGCGGCUUUAUACAACUGCGUGGAUAUCGAAUUCGCCGAACCGGAAGAUGUCGCCGAGGUCACUCGCGAGAACUGCUUCAACUCCAGCGCCAUCACCUUCCAGUCGUUGUUCACUACGGAAUCGCUGAAAUCCGCUGCUGUCUCUUUGGACCCGACGAGACAGGCUAUUCGAAACCUAAUUCCGUUCUUGAUGGCCGCGGUGAUCGGGUGGAUGUUGGUGUAG